GCGCUGCCGCCGCCGCGCCAGCCGUCGCAGCCGCAGCGCGCCCUGCCCGAGCCGCCCGUGCUGCAGGUUGUGUCGCCUUCGCCGUCGCCUUCGCCCACCUUCGCCGCCGCGCGCGCCGCGAGCACGCCGACGCGGGCCGCGGGGAUGGACGUCGACGACGACGAGCCUGCGGUCUGCCGGCCCGUGCCGACAGGCACGAUGCUUGAGGGGCUGACCGUAGCGCAGCUCAAGGCCAAGUGCGAGGCCAAGGGCCUCAAGGUCUCCGGCACGAAGGACGAGCUCAUCGCGCGGCUCGAGGGAUGGGAGGGAUGGGCUGUCGAAGACAGUGCGCCCACGUCAAGCAGCCAGCGCGGCCCGCGCGGCGAGCCCACGGAGCCGCUAACGACGCCACCGAAGGCGGACCUGGAGCACAUGCCCGGGAUGAUCAAGGCUUUGCGGAUCAAUGGCACGCACCUUUCAAACUACGCGCUAGGUCGGAGCAAGCCUGUACGCAAGGCCUGGUCCCCGGCGCUCCUGAAUUUAGCUAAAAAAAAGGCUCCGCCGCGGCGCGUGACGGUCACCAACCUCGGCAGCAAACCUCACCCCUCGAGCAUGCGCAACACCGAGUCCGCGGGCGACGACGGUGCAAAGCGCGCGCGGACGGAGGACGACGAGCAAGGGACAGAAGGGCCCGGUCACGAGUUAGACCCUCACAAUGAGGGCGAGUAUCCGGCAGAUCAAGCGUUGCAAUGGGACAACGUCUCGAACGGCACGGACCAGUGUGGCGAAUCUCACGGCCCGACUCCGGUUUGCGAACUCACUGGUUAUUGCACACAGGUUCCCAACAGUGGCAGGCGGCCCAAGCGGCGUGGGCGGCGGCGAGGGCGGCCGCGGAGCCGCCCGUCGCGGUGACGCCCGUGCCAGCUGCUGUGCCGCCCGCGCCAUCGCCCAUGGCGCGGCGCGUCGCGGUGCCGGCCGCGCGGCCUCCCGCUUCGCCCGCCGCGCCGACGCCGCCCGCCGAGGCGACGCCGCCCGCCGCGCCGACGCCGCCCGCGGCGCCGCCGGCGCCGGCCGCCGCGCCGCUGGCGCCCGCCGCGGCGACGCGGCCCCCCGCGCCGACGCCGCCCCCGCCGAGGCGCCGCCCGCCGAGGCGACGCCGCCCGCCGCGCCGACGCCGCCCGCCGCGCCGACGCCGCCCGUCGAGGCGCCGCCCCCCAAGAAGAAGGAGAAGCGGCGGUGGUCGAAGUCGGAGCCACCACGGCACAACCAGAUGGUGUUUGGCGAGGACCACAGAGCGGCCUAUGCGCCGCGCCAGGCGGCUGGCAUGCUUUGCUCGGCGAUGUUGCAGGAGGUCUUCGGCGCUUCGGCACAGGAGGCCCGCGUGUGGUGUGUGAACCACGCGGACGUGGCGUUCUCGGUCGAACUCUCUCAUUUAGCUAGGAAUCAAUGCGGCGGUGUCAACGGCAAGUGCUUGGCCGAGCGGACCCCCGGAGUCGGCGCACGACCGUAUUACGGCGUCGCAUUUACGAACGUCACGGGUGAGGACCGGCCGACGGCGGUGGCUCGGCUUAUCCGGGGCCUGCGGGAGACGAGGACGGCCUGGCUGUGCGGAGACUGUGGGAGGGCUCAUGCAGAGACCGUCGGGUGGUUUAUGUUUAACAUGCAUGGGGCGAGCGUACUGUGCUGCGGCCCCGGCGGCCGCGGCGACCCCGAUUCCUUCUGUCUCAGAAACGACGGGUUCGGUUGUUUGGCGAGCUUCGCGCUCGGCGACGUCGGCGGUAGCGUUGACGAAGCGGCGAUCGGGGCCGAGUACGAUCUGCUCAACGAGGGCCGGCCGCAAGAACGGAACAUCUUCUGCGGAAAAUGCGCCGAGGAGGCGGCGGAUCAGCGCGGGGGAACUGUGUUUCCGAUUGCUCUUCUUGGUCGAGGGGACAGGGACAAGGCCAUCAAACGCGCGAAGAAGAGGGCCGAGAAGGUCGCGGAGAAGCUAGGGUCACCGCGGCAAUAAACUUGUACCUG